AAAAUUUUACCAAAGAAAUCACAGACAUUUACCGUUACAUUCGCUCCAAAUAAGAAUAAACGGUAUGAAAGUUGGGCAUAUUUAGAUGUUACAGGAAACACCAGUAGAUUACCUUUAUACUUGAAUGGCACAGGAAGAGGGCCAUAUGUCAGUCUUAAUGUAAAAGUACUAAAUAUUGGGGAUGUUUUUUUGUGUGCGACACAUAAUUAUGAAAUUGCUGUAAAAAAUGAGGGAAAUAUACCGGCUACGAUAGUUUUUAAAGACAUGGUUAGUGACUUUGAUGCAGUCAUCAAAUGUGUACCGAAAAAAUUGCAUUUACCGUAUCAGGAUAGUUGCGAUGCAUUUAUAUUGAGCUUUUACUCUGAGCUUAAAGGAACAUUCAUUGAAACAGUUCAAUUUGUUGUGAAGGAAUCGGAAGAGAUUAUUCAAUUUGUAUUGACGUACUUAUAGAUAAUGUAAAAUUUAUACUUACAUCAAAUUUAUGUCGUAUUUUUUAGAGGUAAUGUAGUUUGUCCAUUACUUAAAACAGAUAUUCGAGGAUUAGAUUUUGGCUUAUUUCCGUUUGGUGUAAACCAAACAAAAGAAUUUUUCCUUAAGAAUGAUUGUCAAGUUCCUAUAGAAUUUAAAAUAGUUCUAGAAGAAAAUAUAGAUAAUGAGGUAAAGUUUGACCCUGACAGAGGUGUUGUUGAUGCUUACACGAAGCAACUUGUUCGCGUUGAUUUAAAUAUUUGCCGAAGUAAAGCAGUGGACACAAAUUUUAAAGUCGUUAUGUGGGGGUCAGAACAGUAUUCUUUUAGUAAAUUCAUAAAAUACACGUGCAUAUGCCCUAAGAUAAAAUGUGACCCAACUGAUAUUAUAAUGAAAUUUAGUUUUAUUAACUUUGAUUAUAAGAGAACUAUUAUAUUGACAAAUGAGGACAGUGUGUCUGGUUUCAUAACUUACACUCCGGAGGUUUCCGAGAAUAAUAACAUAGUAUGCACUUUAAAUAAAAAUAAUUUUGAAAUAUGUCCUAAUCAAUGCGAAGAAGUUGAACUCUCUAUAAUGACAAAUACUUUAGGAAUGAGUUGCCUACCUUUAGUAUUUACCGUAGCUGGAGGUGAACCCCAAGAGCUAUGCAAAAUUACGCUAGACGGACAGGGCCCCGUAAUAUCGUACAGGCCUGAAGAAAUCGAUUUCAAUGAAAUAACUCUUCUGCAAACUGCAGUGAAGGAACUAACUUUAAUAAAUGAUUCACCUAUUCCAGCUACUGUACAAAUUUCAAAGCCGCCCGAGAGUCUCUUCAAAGUCAAUGUAAAUGAAAUGGAUAUAAUGCCAGAUGAAGAAAAAAAUAUUCGUGUGAGUGUGUAUCUGAUGGACGUAGGGAAAUAUGUUAGCAAAAUUAAUAUCACGGUUCAAAAUGGAGAAUCAAUAGACGUAAAAGUUUUUGGGGAAGGUGUGGGACAUUCACUUUUAUGCGAACCAAUUCUGAAUUCUGAGUAUAAUGCUGAGGAAUUACUGACACACCAACAAUUUGUGUUACCUAUAAAAAUGACGAACGUGGGAAAGCGAUAUUAUAAAGUACGAUGGACAUCCUAUUCUUCUAUUAGGAAUUUAAGGGAUAAAUUAGACCAACCGCAUGCUGGGUACUGUUUUCGCAUAAAACCUGAGUAUUUUGAAUUAGCCUACCUUGAAUCGCAAGUAUUCGAAAUUCAGGGUCAUUCAAAUUUCCAAAGACAUGUUGAGGAAGAAUUUUUCUGUUAUGCAUUAUUUGAUAAAACUAAUAAAAUCCAACUCGUAAUGUCGUUUAUUAUGAAAGCAAGUUUUGUGGAACCUUGUCUCAGCAUUAGAAAACCAAUACUUAAUGUUUUGGUAGCGAAAAAUGAUUGCUUAGAGCUAGAAGAUCGCAUGUCUUUAGUAAAUAACUUAGCUAUACCUUUGAAUAUUAAUCUAUCUACAACAACUGAUUAUUUUAUUGGGCAUGAGGAAGGCUAUCAGUCAAGUUUAAGUCACAAACUAGAAGGGAAUGAAGCAUUAAUAGUGAAAAUAAAAUUUGCUCCAAAUUUGACUGAAAAGAGAUACAAAAAAAAAACUGGAGCAGUUUUUAUUAACUAUAUGAAUCAUCCAAACAAGGUUAAACUUGAUCUAACAACCGAAGUAUGUUUCCCUACGAUAAGUCUGAAUGAAUCAGAACUGGAGUUUAGUUGUAUUCCACUAAAUUCAUACUCAUUUAAAAAUGUUAUCAUAAAAAAUAUUACAUUUUUACCAGCAACUUACUCGUGGGAAAUUUUAGAAGAAUUUUUUGAAAUAGAACCCUUACCACCAGUCAAGGACGAAAGUGAAAGUGAUGAAUGCUUAGGAGAUUUUGUGUCAAACGUCAUUGAAAAACAUAACGAUACAUUAGAAGAACUUUUUACUGGUGUGGAUGAAGCAAAGUCUAAUUCUGCCUGGGUUAAUAUUGAUUAUGUAACAGAAAUGAAGAAAGUUCUGCUUCCUGCAGUGCAGCGAUUUAUGCAUGACUGUAAUGAACAGGAUUUGUUUGGGGAUAUCAACAAUGCUGCAGAAUAUGAUGAGUAUAAUAUUAAUAACAUUUUAAGCAUUGAACCGUUUCGAGGUCAAUUAGAUCCUUAUGAAUAUGGAGUUGUCACUGUAGGAUUCUUCCCCCCGCCAAACACAAAAAUUCGAGCUAAGGCAGUUUGUAAAGUGAACGAAGGAGAGAAUGAAAUCCUCUCCAUAGUUGGAACUUCUUGUAAAAUUUCCUACAAGUUCAACAAAAAAUAUGUCGAGUUUGGAUGUCAGCUGUUUUGUGAGAUAUGUGAAAACACGAUAAUUUUAACGAACAAUGGCUAUUGUGUCUUUAACUAUUCAAUUACCUGCGAUAAUAUUCAGGAAAGUAACACUGAUUUGGAACCUGGCUGGCUACAUGUCAGCCCAAUGUCUAAGAAGAUAUUCCCUAAUACUAGUGUCACUCUGACAAUAAAGUAUUUCCCUGGAAUGGUUGGAGAAUUUAGGAGAACAUUCAGAGUUGUGAUCCCUUUGAAAUAAAAAUACAUGGCUUUGCGGUGUUUUCUCAAGUUUUUGCAUAUAUUCCAAGACCUCUGAUAGGUGUUCAACCUGUUGAUCUCACA